AUGUGGGUGUGUGUAGGGACAUUACUGCUCUUAGGAAUAGCUUCUAUUAAUGUGCUCGCAGUAGACUACGAAUUUAUCCUGGAGGAUCCAGAAAUAUUCAACGAAUGUUCAGAUGCACCACCCGGUUCAUUGGAUAUACAUGGAUUAUUUGAUUUAGGGAACUUAAGAUUAACACAAGUGGAAGAAAAAGUCCACGUGAAGGGCAAUAUAACCACCGUUUGGGAUGUGCAACCUGGCGAUCGUGUUGCGGCAUCACUAUCUAUAUUCCACUUUGAACGAGGAGCUUGGGAACCCACGGUUUUUAGUAUGAGUCAUCCAGAUUUCUGUAGCAUUAUGUACGGCAAAGACCAGUAUUGGUAUAAAGCUUGGAGCCAGUUUAUUGCCAACCGAAACGACAUAGAAAAUAACUGCCUUACUACUCCUGGAACCAUGCUGGUUUAUGAACCAUUCGAACUAAAACUAAUUUUAAAUAAUGUUCGUAGCAUAACUUUGAGCGGACGCUAUAAGUUCGUUAUAGUGUUUAAAGCUUUUGAUUGGACAAAUAUGAAGCGGGGCAAAACCAUAUGUUUUGAAAUUAGAGGUGACGCAGAAAAACUUAAAAAUUUGUAA